AUGGUAACGGGUGAUGCGCCUUAUGUAGAGACCAAUAAUGAGGCAGUGGAAUGUUCUUUCCGGUCCUUGGAAUUUGUGAAUGCAAUGUUUAUCACUGAAGGAAAUAGGAUAACAGUACCAAAGUUAUCCAAGACUACUGAGAUGGGUCUACAGUUGAUGGUUGGAAGAGGAGCUUCGCCAGGAAAAGGGUUGGGAAAGUACCUUCAGGGAAGGGUUGAGGCACCCAUGAUGAAGGGAAAGUUUGAUCGUGGGUUUAUUUACCCUGAGCGAGGGGUGUCCAAAAGUGAAGGCAUUGAAGAGAUGUUGGAGAAAGUUCAUAUCAAUGCUAUAGAGACAACUGAAAGAAGGUCCUUGCUGGAGAUCGGCCCAUACGAACCUGGGAUGUAUGUAAGUCAGAAGGCUAUAAAAGGAAGUGCAAUAGCCGAUUUUCUAGCCAGCAGAGCCUUGGAAGACUAUGAGCCUUUGAACUUUGAUUUUCCAAACGAGGACUUAUUGUACGUGGCAAACACUGAAGAAAACCCUCGAUUAGACCACAUCUGGAAGUUAAAUUUUGAUGGAGCUUCAAAUGCUACAGGUAACGGAAUUGGGGCAGUCUUGGUAUCCCCAAGUGGAGAUCAUUAUCUUGUCGCUAGCAAGUUGGACUUCGAUUGCACAAAUAACAUGGUAGAAUAUGAAGCAUGUAUUAUGGGUAUUCGUGCAGCCAUUGAACGUAAAAUCAAAGUGCUUAAAGUGUAUGGAGAUUCCGCGUUGGUGAUAUACCAACUCAAAGGAGAGUGGGAAACCAGAGACCCUAAGUUGAUCAGUUAUAAAGAGCUGGUUCUUGAAUUGAUUGACGAAUUUGAUAACAUUACAUUCUGUUAUCUCCCACGAGAGGAAAACCAAAUGGUUGACACAUUGGCUACUCUAGCCUCGAUGAUUAAGGUGAACAAGUUAGAAAUCAUAAAGCCUAUUCAGAUGAGCAUAUACGAAGCUUCAUCUCAUUGCUGCAGCAUUAAAGAAGAGGGGAAAGAUGAUCAUCCUUGGUAUCAGAGUAUACUACAGUAUGUGAAGAAUCGAAGAUACCCUGAUCAAGUGACAGAAAACGACAAGAGAACGCUGAGAAGAAUAGCCAUUGGGUAUGUCCUAGAUGGGGAAGUGUUGUACAAAAGAGGGAAAGAUCAAGUGCUGUUAAGAUGUGUAGAUGCCAUAGAGGCUAGAAAGAUCCUGGAGGAAGUCCAUGAGGGCAUUUGCGGAACCCAUGCAAAUGGUUUUACAAUGGCCAGAUAG